CAUUGCGGCACCGUGACAGCAUAUUCCUAAUCGGCUUCCGUAUGGUGUCGUGGCGUUGGGUCUGAAGAGCAAAAUUGAAAACGUUAGGUACUCGAAUCCAAGGAUUGAUCAAUAAUCAACAACAUUAAGUGAUAAAUCAAAGUACGUGAAAUUGAAAUUUCCUUAAGGGAUCAAGGAUGAGGCGGCAAGGCUUGGGUGAAGGAGGUUCUCAAGGCAACUAUGUUGCUAGUGGAUACAGUGUAUAUGAGGAGGAGAAUGAACAUUUACAAGAAGGUCUGAGGGCAAAAGUCAGUGCUUUGAAACAUUUGUCUAUUGACAUUGGGACAGAGGUAAAGCAUCAAAAUAAGAUGUUGGAAGAUAUGGACUCCGAUUUUGACUCAACAGGAGGUAUACUGGGGGCCACCAUGGGCAGAUUGAAGCUGUUGUCCAGAGGAAGUCAAACCAAAGUCUUCUGCUACAUGAUGCUCUUUGCCCUUUUCGUCUUUACCAUUUUGUAUUGGGUCAUUAAAUUAAGAUGAUCGACGGAGACCCCACAUCUCUUCUCUCUCUGCUCAUUUUGCUCUCUGUACGUGCCAUGUUGCUCUGGAUCAGUUCAAGGACACAAAAAACAACAACUAAAAAACAGAGGGACUGAUAGCGCCAAUAACAAAUCGCCAUGAGUGUUUAUCAUAAUGAAUAAUUUAUGCGAAACUGUGCAAUAUAAGGAUGCAAAGCGUCUUACCCUGCCAAUAUGAAUAGGUGUAACUUAACACUGCCCUGUCUAGUUUUCCACAUUGUAGAUUACAUGUCCUGGAUGGAAUUGUUUUAGAGGUUGAGCUACACAUAUGCUCAGUAUAGGGUGACUGGUUAAUGAGCGCCGUAGAACCUCAGACUGGUCAGUCUUUUGAUAACCGUUGAUGAUUUUAUGUCAAUAGGAAAAUGCUCAUCUUUUUCUUAAAUUGAUAUGUAAGUUAGGGAGAUUGUGAAAAAGGCUCACCACAGCUACAGAGAUUUACAUAUUGUGACAAGUUAAUUCUUUACUUUCUUUACUUUGUAUUGUGGAACCAAAGCAAAUUGUCCCUAAGAUCAGCGUUGUGAAAUGACGAUUAUAGUGCAACUACACAGACGUACCCCAAGGAGAUCGAUAGAAGUCAAUUAAAUGAAAUGAAAUGAAAUGAAAUUAAAUUAAAUGAAUUAGCAUACUGCUAAAAAUCGAGAAAUGCAAUACUAUUUUGAUAGUGUGCUUUCAAUACAUGAUCAGGAGGGUGUUGUGCAAAGGGAUACUCCACUCUGUACGGUCACCUGAUUUUACAGUUUCUCUUGGACAUUUAAGUGUUGGGCUCUGACAAAUACUUUAGGUUUAAUUUAGGUUUAUUUAAUACCUCGGCUUCAUGCCCUGCAUCAGCUGAAGGGACUGAACUCUUCUUUUCUUUUCGCCAUACCACCUCUUCUGCUUAAAAGCAUCUUAACUGCAUAAAAUGAGUUGUAAACACAGUGCAUGUGCUCUGUUGAAUUUCUCUGUAAAUUUCAAGUUGUACAUAAGAGGAAAAAUGAGUUCAUUAAACAUUGUAUGUGUAUA